AUGGUCGUCGCACCAGACUUUUGCCCGGAAGGCAACUCGGAUCUCUACGGAGUCGGUGUCCGCGCCGGCCUCUACGCGCAAUGGGUCGCCACGCUGCUUGCGACACUCUUUGACCCCAAGACUGAGAGCACGUACCGCAUCGCCAACCUCAUCAUCCAGUGGUCCAUCUUCCUGGGCCUCUGCACGCAGUCUGAGCCAGGCGACCCCGUCAUUGGCGCCGUCAUCACUCAAUACCUGCUCUUCGGCUCACUGUCCAGCUUGACGGGCGAUGGCGUUGGUCACUUUAGUCACUUUUCAGGCAUCUUUCGCAUCAUCUUUUACACGGCCGUCUCUUCGUACGGCUGCUGGUUCUGGUUCAACGGGAUAGACGACAUGACGGUGGAGGGAUGUCCCGACAUUGCCUUCUUUGGAGACGUCAGCCUCCACGGACGGUUCCGCACCGCGGGCAAGGUGUUUUCCGUGCUGGGCGUCGUGGUUUGCGUCCUUUCGCUCGUCUUCAGCGUCUUUGCAACGAUGAGGAGAUUCAGAGGCGGCAUUCGAGAUGCCUUUGCGACAAAGGAAAGGGUGCGUCCAAAGGUGGAGCUGGUGCUGCUGGUGCUGUCCAUGGCCUUGAUCGGCACGUCCAUCUACCUGGUCGAGCACUUGAUUGAGAGGAACGGAAUCACUCAGGUUGACGUUAAACAGAUUACGUCUGUCGGACAGCUGAUUCCGCUGUUGGCGGGUGGACUGGCGUGUGUAAUGACUCUUUGGAAGAUUGUGACUCACCGGCUGUUUAUGAGGAAGCGAUGCUGGUACGUGUUUGGCUACCACUUGUGA